CAGGAAGUGCAAGGGUGUGUUUCCGAGGGGAGGGCGUAAAGCUUCAUCGACGAACUUCCCUGAAGAUACCGGUGAGUCUCUCUGGCAAAUUGUGAUGGAAAAGACAAAAAGUUAGAAAAUACUCUCUUCAGAAGCGAAUGUUUUUGAAAGACCUUUCAUAAGCCAAUUUACUUCCGAGUAUUUUAUCUUAUUAGAAUUGUCUAAUCUGAAGGCCAACAGAUCUAACGGUAUGCUGCGUUAGCCUGACUGUCAACCUGGGUUUGAACAGUCGGUUUGGAUAUUUUGAAAUAACGGCCCCUAACUUCUGCCAUUUGCUGUAUUUGUAGACACAGACGGUGCGUAUACAUAAGCAGGAUGGAACUGCGGCCGCUUGUUAUGUGCUUUGCUCUCUGUGUGGUUUACGCCACCAGCAAACCCACAGAGAAGAAGGACCGCGUUCAUCACGAUGAACCUCUCAGCAACCGGGAGCACGAUGAUGCAGAGAGCUUUGACUAUGACCACGAAGCCUUUCUGGGUCAAGAAGAUGCCAAGACCUUCGACCAACUCACGCCGGAAGAGAGCAAGGAAAGGCUCGGCAUGCUGGUGGAACGCAUCGAUGACGACAAAGACGGUUACGUGACAGUUGACGAGAUGAAGAAGUGGAUCAAGCACGCACAGAAGAGGUGGAUCUAUGACGACGUGGAUCGACAGUGGAAGAGCCAUGACCUCAACGCGGAUGGGCUGGUGUCCUGGGAGGAGUACAAGAAUGCCACCUAUGGUUAUAUUCUCGAUGACCCGGACCCUGAAGAAGGCUACAGCUACAGGCAGAUGAUGGCUCGAGAUGAGAGGCGGUUCAAGAUGGCUGACCAGGACAAUGACAUGAAAGCCAACAAGGAGGAGUUCACGGCUUUCCUUCACCCCGAAGAGUAUGACCACAUGAAAGAUAUUGUAGUGCUGGAAACAAUGGAGGACAUUGACAAGAACGGCGAUGGUCUAAUUGACCUGGAUGAAUACAUAGGUGAUAUGUACAACCAGGACGGAGAUGACUCGGAACCUGACUGGGUGAAAACGGAGAGAGAGCAAUUUACAGAAUUCAGAGACAAAAACAAAGAUGGGAAGAUGGACAAGGAGGAGACCAGAGACUGGAUCCUGCCCAGCGAUUACGACCACGCUGAAGCCGAGGCCAAGCACCUGGUCUACGAGUCCGAUUCAGACAAAGAUGGCCGUCUGACCAAAGCAGAAAUCGUUGAUAAGUACGACCUGUUCGUGGGCAGCCAGGCGACAGAUUUCGGAGAGGCUUUGACUCGACACGACGAGUUCUAACAUCCAGCUGCCUCCACAGACUGUGCACUCCUCGUCCGUUCCACCCGAUGGAUCCCUCUCCAUGGAGCAUUGAGACGAGAUGAGCUCGCCUAAACCAAACGCCACGGACAAUAAUUUAUUUGAUUUUCUUGAAUGUGUCCAGUUGCGCACACACUAACAUUGUAAGUAAUGUGUACAUGUUUAGCCAGUGCAUCUCCACGUUCAGUUCAGCCUCAGACUGGGACGUUCCCUCCCAGCGUUUGCUCUGCUUCCACACACUACCCUCUCUCGCUCUGAGAAAGAACAAACUGCCCCCACCCCACCCCCGACUCUUUUGAAAUAGUCAAGUUUUGCUACAAUACCUUUUUUAAAGAACAACAAAAAUAGGCUUCCAGUAAAAAGAAGAGAUUAUUGCACCAUUUCUUUUGUAUGGCACUGGACUGUGAGGCAUAAACAUGACCUUUGGUCUCUCUCCUCAGUGUAAUUGGGCCCAACUGAAAAUGCUAGCCUAAUGUUGAGUUGUGCAUCUGUUUUUCUUUUUUUUUAUAUAUGUAUUCUUUUUUGAUAACGAAUUAGUAAAUGCUGGAUUAUAGAAUGUCUGUCUGAAGACACGAGUCAAUUUUAAAUUCAGUGACAAUGAAGACCCUUUGGCCUAGUGCAAUACGUCAUCAUCAGCUGCAUUUUAGUGUGCUCGUCCCCAGAACAUCCGUGCUACACAAACUGUGUCCUGCAUUAAGGACAUUUGUGUUGUACGUGUGAUGAAGGAAACAAGCCGAAUUUAGGGACAGUUGGCACUAGAUUGGAUCCCCUCUGAUGUCUGAUCAAACUCCCCCCAACACCGUAAUAAAACGGAAUGUCUCUCCAGCUGAUCCAAUCUAGCCCUUGCCUUUAGAAAUGGAUGCUCUGUCCUCAUGUCCUAAAGCUGCCUGACUUUUUUUUUUUUCUUCAUCACCUCAGUAGUGUAUUUAUGUUUGUGCUUUUGAGUGUGUGUAUUCCUUAUAUUUGAUAUUUGAUUUUUUUUAUAUAUACUUUCUCUCUUUUUUUCUGUUGUAUUUUUUCAGCUGAACUACUCACUCAUGUGCCAAGCAAAAUAUAUUUUUUCUUGUUUUGCAUUUGGAAGAAAUAGUCCUUUAGAGCAUAUUCCUCUCUAAAAUAUUUAUGUUUGUAUUAUCACUACCACCAUUUAUAACCACUGUUAAUGAUUCUAUGGUUGUAUUUCAUCUAAUGCUUUUUUGUUUACAGGCUUACUGCAGCAAAAAAGCAUUUCACUUUGUGAUUAUACUGUAAAAAAAUCAGUGGUCUGCAAACUGAGCACUCUUAACAGUUCCAGUUUUUGUGAUUGGGAACAAUGCCUCAAUAAAACAUUUAAAUUGAUUUUUUAAACUGAUUUUCUAACCCUAACCCUCUAAUUUGACUUUCAUAUUUGCUUUAUACCUGUGGUCAUGUACAGCAUUGUGAAGUACAAAACGAUACUACCACUGCCAGACGAUGAGUGACGCUUGGUGUACAGAUGCAGAGCUCUUUCAUUGAGUUC